AUGGCACUCCAUUCUUUAACGUUGGGGGAGUUCAACGUUGCCUAUUUGCAAUUACGUGCCGAUCAUCUGGAGCUUGAAGACAUCGACUUUGAGCUGAACUCCCGGGGUGUUGACAUCCCUCCUGAAUCGGAUCAAUCUGGCUCCAAGAGACGUCGUCGUUUGCGGGGGUUGUUGUCUAGCGAGCAGAACAGCUCCGAGCCUGCUGUCCGCUCAUACAAGGGAGAUGUUGAAACUGAAUAUUCCAUUUGUCGUGGCAAGUUUGAGACUAUGAAGGAGGACUUAGGGUAUAGGUGUCCAAAUAAGGAGAUUUACCGAAGCAGGUUGCUUCAUUUGGGUACCCGGCUCCAAAUUGUGAAAAACUACGUCAUGGGGGAGGCCAAUAAGGCUUUUGUCGAUUUGUUGGGCGACGUGGUAGCCCUUUAUAACUAUCAUUUCGGUAAUAGCGUGGCGCCUCCUCCCACGCCGACAGAGGAAGACAAGGAGGAUGGUGAGGAAGAUUUGCAAAACCAAUUUGCCACGGGGAAGGAUGCUAUAUCGAAUGGAAAUACGCAGAAUCCAGUCGAUAAAGCACCCAACAACCAGUUAGGGGACGACAUUCGGGAUGUCUUGCUUGAAAUUAGGGCGGAGAUUCAGAAGACGCAGGCACAAAUAAAGUUAAGUGAGACUCGCAGUUCUUCCAGGGUGGAUGCCCUCGAAACAGCGGUGAGAAAGCUCAGUAGCGGACUCGCGUCUAUCCGUGCAAUUACGUCUGAACUUCAGAAGACGAAUCGUGAAGUGCAGGCACUUCGCGAAACGGUUUCAGAACUUCAAGGCAUUGUGGGCAAAAUCCCUAACGGAAACUUUCAAAGUUUACCGGUAGAAAUAGACGACAUUCGGAUGCGAACGAGUCCGGAUCUGCCGGAUUUGCCCGAGUUUGAACCGGCGACGUUAGAAGGGCUGGGGAUUACAGAUCACUCGUCGAUACCUACGAAGGACUUUGUAGUACCGAAACAGCCGAGCCAGAGACCUUUUGGUUCCGCUGUGGUGAACAAUUCUAGGAUUUUCGAAAAGUCUGAGCCAGCCUUCCCACAGCAGAACGCCUUUUCGCGUCCGUCUUUUCAAAACCUGGUUCCACCGCGUCAGCCAGAAAGCGCUGGAUCGGUUGAAAUCACCGGUUAUUACCGUCGGCCCCAACGGGUGGCCGAUUGGAAAAUCCAGAAAUACGCUGGAAAUGAUGAAGGCACCGGACUCAACGAAUUCCUAGAAUCUGUUCACCACUAUGCGGAGUCCGAGCAGAUCUCCGAAGCUGAACUUUUCAACUCGGCCAUGCACCUGUUCACCGGCAACGCGCUAGCUUGGUAUCAAGCUAUGCGAUCCCAAAAGCGUUUUUUUAAUUGGAAUCAUCUGGUGUGCGAGCUAAAGGCGAACUUUGUUCACCCGGAACUCGACGCCGCGCUAAAGAUGAAAGCAGCCCAUCGACGUCAGCAGCGGAAUGAAUCAUUUCAAGAUUUCUAUCUCGAAAUGGAAAAAAUCUUCCGCGCAAUGACCACACCGCUUAGUCCUGGCGAAAAGCUGGACAUUAUCAAGCGAAACAUGAAGGCCGAUUACAAACAGGUGUUGAUCUUCAAACCGGUGAAUACUGUGGCCGAAUUGAUGCUGAUAGGGAAGACACUCGACGCUUCUCGCACUCCCAUCUACCAAAAGGUAUUUGGAAAUUCGAAAGAAGUCGCCGCGAUAGUGGAAACCCCUGGCUAUAAUGGUUCCAAACCGAGCCAGCGGCAACAACCGGAGAGUGUCGGUCUGAAGGGGAACAAACCCCGGGUUUUCUAUAACAAGAACAACCCACCGGCCUCACCACCUUCCCACAAAACACCUCCAAAUCGUUUUCAGGAAACGGGAGGGCAAUGCCAAAAGAAUCUCCCUGAGAAGACCGGAGCAAUUCCGAAAACCACACGGUCACAGGAUGGCGCAAUGUGUUUGAGCUCGCUGGUGGACAAACAUCGUCCACCCCAGCCGGCGGUUUGUUACAAUUGUGGGGUCAAAGGGCACGAUCACGAGGACUGCCCCAAACCCAAGCGCGUCUUCUGUAUCGUCCAACUGAAGUCGCAGUUGGAAAGUCUUGAGCGCCCCAUUGAUCACCUAGUCAUACCUCCAAAGAUUUUCAACAGCUUUCGACCCGCCAAGCCAGAAGACUACAACGACCGCAUUUCCGUUCAAACCAUCAUCUUCAACAAUCCUUCCGACAACCGGCCAUUUGUUAUGGUCGAGGUUUGUGGCAGCGAGUUCGCAGCCUUGCUCGAUAGUGGCAGUAAUGCUACAAUCAUGAGCGAGCGGCAGUUCCGAAGAGUAUCUCCCGGACCGUUGAAGAGCCUGGACCAUCCGUGCGAGUUGCGCUCGGCAAAUGGUCAGGUCAUUUCCGUACGAGGGCAGUGUUAUCUCCCUUUCACUUUCAAGGGCUUAACAAAGGUCGUUUGUACUCUGGUGGUCGAUAAGCUGAGUGUAGACUGCCUGUUGGGUAUGGAUUUCUGGAAGUCUUUUGGAAUAACUCCAGAGUUAAAAGACUGUGCUCUGGUGGGUCCGGGUCGUGUUCAGAGUGCUGAGGAGGAGAGUGAUACGUUGCAGUCGACACUGUCGGCGUCCCAGGCCGCACGGAUUGACCAGGUGAAAACCUGGUUUCAGGGUGUGGAGCCUGGUAGAUUGAGCACUACGACCCUCACCGAGCACAGGAUUGUAAUCAAGGAGGAGUUCCAAAGCAAAGACCCCGUGAUUCGUUAUCCAUACAAGAUGAGUCCCAGUAAGUUGCAGAAAGUCUGGGCGGAGGUUGACAGGUGGCGCGCGAUGGGAAUCAUCGAAGAGUCGGAUUCGGACUGGUCUCUGAACUUAGUUGCCGUCACAAAACCAGAUGACUCAAUUCGACUUUGCUUAGACGCUCGGCCUCUUAAUGAGAGAACUGUACGUGAUGCGUAUCCACUAUCACACCCAGGUCGUAUCCUAGGCAGCCUACCGAAGGCUAGGUAUCUGUCGACCAUAGACCUAAAGGAAGCUUUCCUUCAGGUUCCUUUAGCUCAGGACAGUCGAAAAUACACCGCGUUUAGCGUGCCCGGUCGGGGCAUGUUUCACUUCACUCGCCUGCCAUUCGGUCUCGUGAAUAGCCCGGCAACUCUCGCUCGGCUAAUGGACCAAGUCCUAGGGCGCGGCAAGCUCGAGCCCUACGUUUUCGUUUAUCUCGACGACAUUAUUAUCGUCAGCGAGUCGUUCGAACAUCACGUACAGUUACUCAAAGAGGUGGCCGAUUGUCUAAGGAAAGCGAAUUUGACGAUAAAUCUGGAAAAGUCCCGGUUUGGUGUUCCCCAGCUAAAAUUUCUUGGAUACUUCCUUUCUCGCGAGGGUUUGAAGGUCAACCCCGAGAAAAUCCAGCCCAUUCUCGACUACGAGAGACCGAUUACCAUCACUAAGUUGCGUCGGUUCUUGGGUAUGUGCGGUUACUACCGCCGAUUCAUAGAUCGCUUUAGUGAGGUGACGGCACCCCUUAGCGAUCUGCUCAAAACGAAGUCCAAGAAUAUUAGCUGGAACCCAGAAGCAGAAAAAGCCUUCCUUGAAAUCAAGGAACGGUUGGUUACUCCUCCAGUUUUAGUUCCACCGGAUUUCUCCAAAGAGUUCAUUCUCCAGACAGACGCGAGCGAUACCGCCGUGGCCGCGGUGCUCGCCCAAAAACACCUGGAUGGGGAAAAGGUAGUAGCGUACUUCUCACAUAAGCUGACUACCCCCCAGCGCAAUUACCACGCCACCGAGAAGGAAGGGCUUGCGGUAGUUUUGGCGCUGGAAAACUUCCGAGGAUACUUAGAAGGUUACCAUUUUCGACUUAUCACAGACAAUUCAGCGAUUACUUGGAUCAUGCAAACCAAGUGGAAAACUGGUUCUCGUCUGAGUCGUUGGAGUUUAGAACUCCAACUGUACAAUAUGACCAUCGAGCACCGGAAAGGGAAAGAUAACAUCGUCCCCGAUGCUCUGUCUCGCGCCGUAGCAGAAGUCUCCGCAGUCACCAAGUCAGAUUGGUACUGUGACCUCCGAUCCAAAGUAAUCGAAAAUCCUGAUGCGUACUGUGAUUUCAAAGUCGAAAAUGAGCAACUUUUUAAGUACGUCAAAGCCGAGGAAAUCCCCAGCGACACACGGUUUAGUUGGAAACUUGUCCCAGCCCCGGAGUGCCGCCUCGAGAUAAUCGAGAAAACACACGAAAACCUUCUUCAUGUAGGGCUUGACAAAACACUACAUGAAAUCAAGCUUCGAUAUUUCUGGCCAAAAAUGGCCACUCAGACAAGGGCCUUUCUUCAAAAGUGUGGAACGUGCAAGGAAAUCAAAGCACCUUACGUUCCCGUUCAACCUGAACUUGGUCAGGCACGAACAUCAAAUUCACCCUGGAGGAUGAUUUCGGUGGAUUAUAUUGGCCCACUCCCAAGAAGCAAACACGGGUACCAACAUCUACUUGUGGUGCUGGACGUGUACAGCAAGUACGUCAUGCUGGUCCCGGUACGUAAAAUUGCUAGCAGCUCCCUUUGCACCAUUCUUCGGGAGCAGUGGUUUAACCGCCACGGAAGUCCAGAGAUUCUCCUCAGUGACAACGCCGCCACGUUCACCUCGAAGGAAUUCGGCCAGUUCCUGAAAGAACAAAAAGUUAAACAUUGGCUAAAUGCGAAAUACCAUUCGCAGGCUAACCCGGUGGAGCGAGUGAAUCGCUCAAUCAACGCUGCAAUUCGGGCCUACGCUCGCAGCGAUCAACGGAAUUGGGACCGGCACAUUUCAGAUGUGGAGCGGGUUCUCAAUACUACUACCCAUUCGUCCAUCGGGUUCACUCCGUAUUUUGUUGUUCACGGGUGUGAAAUGGCGGGUGGCGAUGACUUCGACGGGAACUCUGGCGAUAUGGAGGAUGACCUGCAAGCGAGACACGAAAGAAUAACAAAAAAUAGGGGAAUUGUGGACAAAAAUCUCAAAAAGGCCAGCGAAAGCGUUCGUCAUCAAUACAAUUUACGACACCGUAAGUUCGCCAAACCUUUCGAGGUCGGACAACUGGUGUAUCGUCGCAAUACAAAACAAUCGGACGCUAUCGCUGGCUACAACGCCAAAUUGGGUUCACAAUACUUACCCGCUAAAGUACUUUGUCGUCGAGGUACUUCCUCCUACGAGCUGGUUGACCUCGAUGGGAAAAAUAUUGGGUUUUGGCCGGCAAAUCUCAUCAAACCAGCGUGA